CCGUUUGCGACCCACGUGAGCAGCCAAACAGUGCCUCGCUCUUACCGUUCCACCUCACUUAAUGUCUGAACAGCCGCGCCUUCAACUUGUCCAUUCUGCCCCUGCCUCGAAUUUCUCCUUGGAUUCUCUCGCCUCGGCGUUGUUGACCCUUUCCUCUCCAGCAUUGGCUGCUACUUCCCAACCUGCCUCUUCCGCUUUCGUCCCUACUCCACAUCAGCCACAACUGUUACCGCCUCUCAACCAUGACAAGCGACUUACUCUGUUCCUUCUACCAUUCCUUUACGACGUUUUUCUUCAUCUUGGCCCAACGGCUGGACUUUUCAAGGCCUGCGACGUCCAUUCGCAAAGUGCGAUGAUCAAUUUGUGACAAUAAAGUAUUUGCGAGAUCGGUACAUUGAAAAGCCUAAAGAGCCGUGUUACUUGCGACGAUGGAGUCACGAAGAUAAAAGGGUUUGCAAAGUCGACAGCAUGGUGAGCAUGAAGAGUUGAAUCGUGUAUGCGCAGACCAAUGCUGACAUGUAAGCAGUCUCCCACAAACGGCGAUACGAUUGGUAGCCUUG